ACUGUCUGGGAGUAUUCUCUUAAAACGUACACAAGUGAGAGAGAGAGUGAGUGAGGCGCCUCGGAUACUGAGCAGGUAAAAAAGACUAGACUAGACAAAGAAAGAAAUGGAGUUGAGUAGUUUCAUUUCAAAACCCUAGGGUUUGUUGUUUUCAAUUCAACCUCCUCAUUUUUUUAGCACUACUCAUCAUGCUCUAAAGUAACAACAACAAACCCUUUGGAGAUAUCAAAAUAUUGGUGGAGAGCUUUCUCCUUGUGUUGUUGAACAGGUAUUGAAGGUCAAAGGCCCUUAAAAAGACAUACAUAGCAUUUGCUUUUACCACCUAGGAAGGUAAAAUAUGCAGACACCCAAAGCAAGAAGUGGAUCAUCAGAAGUUCCUCAGAGACCAUCACCUGUGACACCUCGAACUGCACGCCAACUGAAAGUAACUGGUUCCGAAUCUGAUUCCGCCUCUCCACAUCCCACAGUCAGGACUCCAAACAGAAGUCCUAAAGUCAUGGAUCGUAGAUCACCUAGAAGCCCAGUGACCGAGCUCCAGAAAAAGCGCCCUAGCAAAAUUUCUGAAUUGGAGUCACAGCUUGCCAAACUCCAAGAGGACUUGAAAGCGGCGAAAGAUCAAUUGGGUUCCUCGGAGUCUUGCAAGAUUCUUGCUCAGCAAGAAGCUGAAGAAGCCAAGAAGCAGCUUUUGGCAUUGAAUGGUAAGCUUGAAGAAUCACAGCGGCAGCUUCUUGAGAAAUCUGUUUCAUUGGAAAUUCGCCUCGAACAGCUCCAGAAGGUGUCUGAAGAACAUGACCAAACCUUGCAGUCAGAGCUUGAGGAUGUACAAAAGCAGCAUUCCAUGGAUUCAGCUACUUUAGCCUCUGCCUUGAAUGAAGUUGAAAGGUUCAAAGUCCAGCUUGAUAUGACAAUUGAGUCUGAAGCUACAGAGACCAAGUAUGUAGAAAUAACCAACGCCGAGAUACUGAGUUUGAAAUCUGAGCUGGCGGAAACACUUGAGCUUGUAGAGAAUUUGAAUUUUCAGCUCAGAGACUGCAAAGAAUCAGAAGCUAAAGCCCAAGAAUUGGUUGAUGAAACUCUGGUGCAGUUUCAGACAGUGAAGGAAACUGCAGAGAUACUCCGGUCUGAGGGGUUAGAGAAAAUGGAGGCUUACAAUUCUUUAUCUUCAGAGUUGGACAAGUCAAAGGUGAAAAUAGAAUUACUUGAAGAAUUAGUUAGCAAGCUUCAGCUUGACCUGGCUAAUGCAAGCCAGAAGAAUCAUUCUGGUGAUAAUGAAAACAAUUGGGCGAUUCCAGAUGGAAAGAUAGGAGAGGCAGAUCAACUUGAGAAGGAACUCAAGUCUAAGAAGCUGCAGGUGGAACAGUUAACGUCUACAAUAGAAGCAAAUGAGUUUAAAUACCAUGAAGAGCAGAUUCUGAGCACAACAGAAAUAAAUAAUGCAUAUGAAUUGGUUGAUCGUAUCAAAUCUGAAGCGAGCCUUAGAGAAGAUGAAUUGGAGGCUGAGAUUAAGAAAGCCAGAGCAAGUAUUGGGGAGUUGAAAGCUGCGCUGAUGGACAAGGAAACGGCAUUGCAGAGUAUUUUGGAGGAAAAUGAGCUUCUGAAUAUGAAAAUUGUGAAGAACCAGUCAAGUGAUAUUCAGUCUGAACUGGAGUUUGAGCUCAAGAAGUCAAAGGAAGAUUUUUCAGAUUUGAAAGCAUGCUUAAUGGUCAAAGAGACAGAGUUGCAGAGCAUAUUGGAGGAGAAUAAAAGCCUGAAAUCUGAAGUAAAGAAAAAAGAACUGGAAAAUGGGAAAGGGAAGGAAGAAACCAUUGCCAAGGCAGAAGCAGCAAGAGCUGCGGAACUGGAGGCUAUGAAGAAAUUAGGGUAUGUGAAGCAGGAGGCAGACGAGAGUAGCCGUAGGGCAGCAAGAGUGGCUGAACAACUUGAUGCGGCACAGGCAUCAAAUGCAGAGUUGGAGGCAGAGAUGAGAAGACUCAAAGUUCAGUCAGAUCAAUGGAGGAAGGCAGCUGAGGCUGCAGCCGCUGUUUUAUCUACAGGGAAUAAUGGAAGGUUUAUGGAAAGAUCAGGAUCUAUGGAUAGUAACUACCAUCCGGUUACCGGGAAGCUAGGUUCGCCUUACUCCGACUUGGAUGAUGAUUCUCCUAAGAAAAAGAAUACCAACGUGUUGAAGAAGAUAGGCAUUUUGUGGAAGAAGCAAAAGUAGUGAAUCCGGUUGUAUGCGAAUCCGUAUCAUCUUCUGGUCUUCUUGAGAAUGUUGCUAUUUUAACUUAGUUUAUUUCUCACUUGUAUUCAGUUAAUAUAUGUCAGAAGUCAGGUUGCAGGUGAACAUUAGGUAGGUUUUAGAAUCGUAUGUAUGUUGCGCAACAUUUCAAAUGUGUACCUUUUGCGAUCUCCUUACCAGUGUGCAGUCGUUAUUGCCUGA